AUGGAGCCCUGCCAAAAUCCUUUCCAGAGAGUCGAAUCCGAAGCCGCUCGAAGGUGGUCAAGAACAAAGAACAAGGGUGGCGCAAAGGAAGCCAUUGAUGACCUCAUGAAAUAUGAAGGGCUUGAAGAGAUCAAGUUAUACUUUCUGAACAUUCGGGAAAGCAUCCGUUUUGCCAGAAUUCAAGGGAGAAAGCCAGAGAACGAGAACUACAAUGUUGCGUUUGAAGGAAACCCAGGGACCGGCAAAACAUCAGUCGCUAGGCUCUAUCAUGCGCUAUUAGAAUCGCUCGGGAUUGUGGCGACAGAUAUUGUUGAAACCUCAGGAGUUGAGCUCGCCACAGACGGGCCCUCCGGCCUGAGACGAGAUGUGCGGCUUAUCCUAAAGGAUGAAGAUGUCAGUGGGACUCUUUUUAUUGAUGAGAGUUACCAGAUGCUGUCGGACCACCAAGGAAGACAAGUGCUGGACAUCGUUUUGAAAAGCAUGUCUGACAAGAUUGGCAAGCUAGUGGUCAUCUUCGCUGGAUACAAGAAACAAAUGGAACCCUUCUUUGAAUACAAUCAAGGCCUAACAAGUCGCAUUGGACGUAGAUUCCAUUUUCCGAACUUUCCGAAAGCCGGGCUAUGGGAGAUCUUUGUCAAGCAUGUCCAAGAGGACUACACAAAGAUGAGAUUCGAGGGUGGCGUGGAUGGAAUCUACGUACAGAUCGCAAUUCAACGACUCGAGCGUGGAUCACACAACGCUUCAUUUGGUAACGCUCGUGCAGUUCAAGCAUGUGUCAGUCAGAUGGUCCAACGUCAGCUUUCACGCUUAUCCAAGCAAGAGCUUGCGAUGAGUGAGGACGAAGCCCGUCAAAGUGACACAAAGCAAGGAAAGAGUCACCAAGACCUUGCAAGAGGCAUCCAAGGGAUAUCAGAAGACCUCAAGAGGCGCGGAAGGUACGGAUCUAUAGAGUCCACUACAGUGCUUGUCUCAGAAGAUGUCUCGAUGAAUCUUGGCUCCAGCAGUUCUAGCGACGAAUGCCCUGAUGACGACCGACUACUUGAUGAAGGCUCCGAUUUAAAGGAACGAUACUGUUUACUCACCCGCGACGACAUCAUCGGUCCGCCUCCUGGGCAGGUCUUCGAGAGUCAAGCAUGGCGACAGUUACAGAAUCUCGUUGGCUUGGACGAGGUGAAGAGUUCCGUCCGAACACUCAUCGAAUCCCUCGACCUUAACUACAAACGCGAGUGUGAAGGGGAUUCUGUAAUACAGUUGCCUUUGAAUAGGGUUUUCGUGGGCCAACCCGGUACAGGGAAAACAACUGUCGCAAAGCUUUAUGGACAAAUUUUGGCUGAUAUAGGAUUACUGAGCCGCGGCGAUGUUGUUAUCAAAACCCCGGCAGACUUCAUAGCCGCGCAUGUCGGCGGAUCUGAAGAAAAGACAAGCAAGAUUCUUGAGGCGACUCUUGGCAGCGUCCUGAUCAUAGAUGAGGCUUACAUGUUUGACGCGGGAGAUGACGGAAGCACCACCAGCAACUACAAAGCAAGUGUGCUUGACACAAUUGUCGCAAACGUCCAGGGUGACUGCAACGAAGACAGGUGCAUUCUUCUGCUCGGUUACGAAGAUAGACUAAAGAACAUGUUCAAGAACAUGAACCCAGGCCUAUCACGGCGGUUUCAGGCUAGCCACCCCUGGCGAUUCGCGGAUUACGGACCGUCUGACAUGAAAGAGAUUCUCACGAGAAGCAUGAAGCAGGAGCAACUCAAAUACACCCAGGAGGCCUUUAAAACCGCCUUGGAGAUACUCCAGAGAGCCUCGAUUCGUCCUGAUUUCGCAAACGCUGCUGAAGUAGGCCAUUGUCUCGCGGUAGCAAAGGCCAACUACAUUCAACGGAUUUCCAAACUGCCUCACAACGAAAAGUCUGGUCAAGAUCAUUUUUUGCCAGAAGAUUUCGAUCCAGAUCUCAAGAGCAAGCAUGAAAGCUUAGCGGAUGAGAUGCUCGAGAACCUUGGUACGGAUGUUGCUAAUCGACUUAUCUCCUAUGAACAGACUGGUCGACGAGCGAUAGAAAGUCGAUUGCCAAACCCACAUCUGGUUCUUUCAAAUCUUUUGGCCUUCAAAGGAUCACCUGGUACUGGGAAAAGGACAGCAGCCCGAUUCCUGGCCCGGAUAUAUUAUAAUCUGGGUUGCCUUUCGUCUCCAGAAGUGGUAUCUCAUACAGGACCAGAUUUCAUUGGCCGUUACGUUGGUCAAACGGCACCAAAGACUCGAGAUCUACUCCAAAAGGCCUUGGGGAAGGUUCUGCUGAUUGACGACGUACUUGGUCUCAACCAUGAGCCAUACGGAGCUGAAGCCCUUGGUGAAAUGGUGCAGUUCAUCUCGGGGCUUUCCUAUCCCAAGACUAUGGUCAUCAUUCUUACAGACUCUGUGCAAAACGUGAACAUUCUUCUCAAGAGUCGACCCUCGCUUAAGGCACACUUCAGAGACGAGAUCAUGUUCGAGGACUUAUUACCUGACGACUGCAUUUCACUGCUGACACGCGAACUCGAAGCCCAAUCUGUGCUACUGCCAAAAUUACAAAAGCCUGAUCAUAUGCACCCUACCAUGAGCAGCUUAAGACACGCCAUUCACAAACUCCAACAGGUUCCGGGGUUUCAAAAUGCGGGCGACAUGAUUCAGAUCGCAAGGCGGGUGCUUGUGAAAAUCUUGGAACCAGGAAUGCCAUUGAUAAAUAACCCUGAUGGAAAGGGUUUUACGGUCGAGGUUGCGUUUCUGCGUAGCUGUGUGCAUGAGAUGGCACAACAGCGUCAACGUCAAUAUGUAGUAAUGCUACAGACACAGGCGCCUCAUAAUACAAGCCGGAAGCGUACUAUGCGAUCUGAUGAUCAUGGUCCUAGGAAGGCCCCACGCACAGAGACCGCAACGAAAACAGAAGCAAGCCCGGCAAAGGCUGUCUCCAAGGAAGUUGAAGUCACAAAGAAAACGCAAGAGAAAGAGCAGCCCAAAGUGAAGGAGGCUAAUACUGCUCAGGAGCCAGGUCAGAGCCAUGUCGAAAGGGAAAAGGGCGUUUCGGAUGAGGUUUGGGCACAGCUACAGGUCUACAAAAAGGAAGCCUUGACGCGCAAUGCAACGGCAGAACAAAAGAAGAAACAAGAGCAAAUUCAGCAGAAGUUGAGAAACUCGGGAGUCUGCGAAUUUGGAUACGAGUGGAUUGAGGAGCAUGGAGGCUAUCGCUGCGCAGGAGGCAUGCAUUUUAUGAAUCACAGUGAUAUCAGAGAUCUACAGGAUUAG